CCCACCCCACCCCUCCCGGGGCUCUUCUGUGACAUGGACAGGGAGGGACAGAGACGAUCCCUGCCGGGUGCAGGACACACACGGGCUGGGGCAAUAAAGGGCACAGGGGCUGGCACAUGGCCAUUACACUGACAGCAAGGGGCAGAAUCCAGGGACUGACUCCCACUACACACAGCCAAACAAACAGGGAGACACGGCACCCAUAGGGACUCAUGCACUGACUACCCCGGUCUUGGCCAAGGACUGAAAGGGACCGAAAAAAGGGAUUAAAGGGAAUAAAGUAGACUCUCCGAUCACCGGCAGAGCCAGCUGGGCGAGAACGAGCUACAGGUGCAGGACUCACAGCAGGUGGUGACCUCCUCUCGUCUCCUACCAAUGGAUGAAUCCUCAAACCACCAGAGUACCGGCUCGAUGCCCUACUUAAUAGGAAUCUCCCAGAUCCUAGGGGUGGCGGCGUUGGCCGUGACCGGAACAUGGAUGUCUCAUUACAGAGGGGGAUUUUCUUGGUCGGGACCUUUGCAGUUCAAUGUCCACCCUCUUUGCAUGGUCCUGGGGAUGGUGUUUCUAUGCGGAGAUUCGCUCCUGGUGUACCGGGUUUUCAGACACGAGACUAAAAGAGCAACCAAGAUCCUGCAUGGGGUUCUGCACAUCAUGGCCCUCAUCAUCUCGCUAAUAGGGAUAAUCGCCGUGUUCCAGUUCCAUAAGUCGAGCAGCAUCCCUGACAUGUAUAGCCUGCACAGCUGGGUCGGGAUAACCACGUUCACCCUCUACCUCCUGCAGUGGAUACUCGGAUUUAUCAUGUUCUUCGUCCCAGGAGUGGGCUUCGCAUACAGGACCAAGUUUAAACCUCUACACUCAUUCUUUGGCGCGUCCCUGCUGGUGGCCGCCAUAGCUUCGUGUCUCCUCGGAAUAACAGAGAAGCUGCUCUUCUCGAUCCCCAAAGACUACUCCAAAAUGGUACCCGAGGGCAUCCUUGCAAACUCUCUGGGUUUGCUGCUGGUGGCAUUUGGAGCCGUGGUCGUAUAUGUCUUGACUCGGGAAGAAUGGAGGCGCCCACCGCUUCCAGAAGAGCAAGCUCUCUCCAUCGAUUUCAAGACGCUGACGGAGGGGGAGAGCCCAACGGAGCCGUAAUGAGCGCCGUCUCCGGCGGAUGGCUCGUACCUUUGACCUGCUUCCUCCCGCAAACUCCGACAACGCUUGCGAUUGUAUCUUGAGAUGCUUCCUGCGGUCGGAGGCUUUGCCAUCUAUGCCCAAAGACGUAUGAUGAGUAAGAGAAGUCUCCCACUCCAAGCAGCAUCCACUCAGGAGAUGUCGUCAAUGUAUCCACAUCUGUAAAUGUGACCUUAGUGCCAACCUGCCUUCACGGUCUGUAACACAAGCGCCCCAUGUUCAGAUUCUCCCCUCUUGUAGCUACCUACCCCAGUCUAUCUAACAGUUGCCCACCUGAUCACCUUGGCCUACCAGCCUCUUUAGGCAGAAACCCUUUGAAGGGAUAGGUGAGUGUUGGUUAAACUGGUGGAAAAACCAGUGCUACAAUAUUACUUUGCAUUGAAUAAUCACAAAGUGGCGGCUGAAAAAGCAACGCCGGUUACAACCCCAUCUGAAACUACCCUCUGGGCCAGGUCUAUUACCUGCGCAGACUGCGAUCUAGUAUAGCAGUAGCCGCAAAGCUCCAGCAUGCUUUCUGUCCUCGUGUACAGCUAAGAGUGACCUAUAGAUGUGGCAUUUAAGUACGGCUAACGGCUUAAUGAGCAUUAUAGGAAUUGUAGUGUCAGAAGCGCUAUCGUUAUACAGACUCCUUAUUAAAAGCGGCGUGCUGCCCCCGUAGGGCAUGUCACAAAAAUGUCUUUACAAUGUUACUUCUUUUUAACAUAUUCUAGUGUUUUCUCUGCUAACCUCUGUGGCCAUACCCCCGCCCCCCCCCCCCCAAGACCACGUGCCAAGCAUUUACACUGGAUUUCUGUAUUAAAUGUCUUGUGAUUGUACG